AUGUUAAAGCCUCAUGAUUUAAUUAAUCUUUAGAAUAUAGAUUCAAAUUUUCAGAAAUACUAAUUAGUUAGAAAUUGUUUUAGAUUGAACAUUAAUAAGAGUCAUUUUGAUUAACUACAAUAAAUCUUAGGAUAAACAUAGGAAUUAUUGAAUUCUUCUGACUUAGGAUUAAAGAAUCAUCUUCGAGGAGGAGGCUGUUUAGUUUGCAAGUGCUAAAAUACAAAUAUUAAAUAUUAAUAUCCUUCUCAUUCCCAUUCGUAAUAUAUUACUUAGGUGAAUGAACCUAAAAAGAUUUUGGAAGUUAAAGAAAUCAAAAAGAAAUUAAUCGAACAUUUCAAUUAGAAUUCCUAGUUCAAAUAAUUCAUAUCAGCGGUAACAAAUUGUGAUGAUGAUUGUGUCAUUUUUACAUAUUAAACAAUAUCGAUUUAUCUUGAAAUGUUGUAGAAACAGGAAUUUCUCAAAAUAGAAAAAAAUCAACUCUUUCCAAUUUAUGAAUCUAUUUAAUAAAUAUCUUAGGAUACAGAAUGGAAAAAAAUAAUGUUUUAAUUUUAUUUCGACUUGUUACAAUAAGCAAAUGAAUUUGGAACAAAAUCUAAUGAUCAAAUAUAUGGGCUACUAAGUGACUUCAGUAAAUAGGAAUAAUACACUUAAAACUAAUGGGAUUAAUUAAAAAAGCAAAAAGACAAGUUUAGCUCUUAUGAAACUUUUUAUUUUUAUUAAGCAUACCUGAAUAAAUUAAUCUAGCCUAAUAAUUUUGGAAUUUCGUUGGAUACUUUUGCUAAUGAUUUUAUUAAUAAUUAAGAUUAAAAGAAAUAGAUAAAUAGCUAUCAACUUUUGAUAGCAGCAUAACUUAAUUUGAUGUAUAUAUUUAAUUUAACAAAAUAAAAUUAGUAGUUAAACAACUUUAUAAAAACAGUUUAUGAAGUAAAAUAGAUAAUUACAAAAGAUGAUGAAUACUUUGUCAAUUCGAUCAUAAAAUAAUAAGACAAAGGUUAUGAAGAAAUUUAGAUUUGGUUAUCAUAUCACUUUCUCAUUCUAGAACAUACUUCCAUCCUUAAUAAGAGUAUUUAAGACCAUAUUACACAAUUUUUUGAGAUUUUGAAAAUAUAUAAAGAUAAGGAUUUUUUGGAGUAAUUGAAUUGUAUGAAAAAUAGAUUGGAUUAAAAAAAUAAUUAAUUAUAAGUAAUUAAUCCACUUGUAAAUAUAGUUAAUGAUGGUUUUAAAUAGUAAUUGAAUUAUAAAGAUUAAUUGGAUAUUGUACGCGAAAAAAAAAAAGACCAAAAAUACUAGUAGAAAUAAUAUUAUAUAACUCCUUAAAUUAAUAUCACAACAUCUACAUCUAAAUUAGAGUCAACUUUUGAUGAAGAAGUAAUAAAAAAUCUGUUUGAAGCAUAGGAAGAAGAUAUAUAUUGGUUGUUUGGGAAAUUUAAGUCUGGUAAAACAGAUUUAACAAAGAAAAUAAUAGACUAUUUAUGGAAAAAUUCUGAUUAGAUCCCAAUUUAUUUCGAUUUAACUGAUAUAGAAUAAAAUAAAGAGAAACCAGCUGAAUUUUUAAAAACAUCUCUAAAAUCUGAACCAUUUAACCUUACAGAUUAGUAGAUUUAAGAUUGUUUAAACGCAAAUGAAAAAUUCGUCAUCUUUUUAGAUUAUUUCGAUUAAAUGAGCUUAGGGUUUAGAAAUAGUAAUAUCAUUAACAUGCUUGGCUAUAAAGAUAAGAAGAUAAAUUAAAAAUUGGUUAUAAUUACUAGAGAAUAGGUGUAAGACCUGCCAUCAUAUCAGCCCUUAAUUUAAAGAAUGAUUCGAAUUGAAUUAAAAGAAUUUGAUGAAGGGUAAAAGAGAAAAUAUAUUUAAUAUAUCAUGAAUAAGGAAAUUUAAAGCAAUUAGAUUAACAUUAAUGUUUAGUAAAUGAUUAGUAUCAAUUUUAAUGAUGUCUAAAUUUUAAUCCAGGAAGACCAUGUUAGACAGAUUAAGAUGUAAUUAACUCAGGAGAAUUAAUAAUCCAUUUAAAAAAUGGUGCAAAAUAUGUUAUAAUUAAACUCUAUGAUGAAGGACUUAUUUGUAUCUUGUUUUUCCUUUCAUUAUCAGUUCAAAUUGCUGCUUAAAUUAAUUACUUAAAAGAACUCUGAAAAAUCUCCUUAAAGAUUCUAAGAAUAUAAUAAAUCCAAAAAUUUAGUUGCUCAGUAUCAAGAAUAACAGAAAAAAUAAUUUAAAUAACUAUUAGAUAGUAAUAGUAAUUCCUCAUCCGACACAAAUUCACCCUCUUCCAAAAAUGAAGAACCAAUUGGGAUUAAUAAAAUUUUAGAUUCUAUACUGACAAAAAGCAAUCAGAAAUAUAGACCUUAAUAAGAAGACAUUUAAAAAAAAUAGAUUUUAAAUCCUUAACUUACAAAAUUUGAAUAUUUUAAUUCUCUUGUUGACUAAUAUAUCUAAGAUUCUUUUGAAGCAAGGGAAUGUAUUUGUUCAACUUAUAAAAUAACUAAAAAAAAAGUAAGAGAGUUUUAAUCUAAUCUGGCAUUACUAAUUUAAUAAAAAGGAAAUAACGAUUAAGAGUCUUAAAACGAAUUAAUAAAAAUAUUUUGUCUAUUAAAGUCAGAUGGAGAAAAGGAAAUAUUCAUCGACGAAAAAUUCAAAGAUUUUUUUAUUGCAAAUUUCGUAUUAAGUAAAAUUAAUCAAUUUACAAUUGAUAAGUCAAUAGAGGAACUUGGUCAAUUUAAUAAUUUGAAUUUAUGCCAAAACGCUUAUGCUGAAGCAGUAGCUUUACUUUCAGAUUAACUCUUAUUAAUAUCUGAAAUUAAGAAUGUUCUUAUUUAAUUAAUCAAAUUAUCAAAAAAUUAAACUAAAUACAUAAGAUGUUCAUCUAAUAGUAUGUAUCUUUUAUCAAUUCUUAAACUAAAUUUAGAAGGAGAAGAUUUAAGUUAAAUCCAAAUAUCUGAAAUACCUAUAUCAGGAUUGAGCUUUUAUUAUGCAAAUUUAUGUAAUUCACAUUGGGAAAAUGUUGAUUUAAGUUAUUGCAAUUUCAAUUCAGCAAACUUAACAGGUGCAAAAUUGGAAAGUAUAAAAGGAAUUCUUUAAACACAAACAGACAGAUAGAUUUAGAUAAAGUAAAAGGAAGAGAGUAAAAUCAUCGGAGUUUUAGAUCAGAAAAAAAAUAUAUAGUCAAAAGAAAGUCAACAUAAGAAAAAUUAAUUAGAUUCAUUUGAUUAUCAUAGCAUUUAAGCAAAUGAAUCGCAAGUUGAAAAUUCAUCCAAAAAAAAUCAUUCAAUCUAAAAUGAUUUAUAUUCAAACAUUUCUAUUAAAGAAGAUAAUACGAAUAAAAUUAUAUAUCAAAAAUGCUUUAAGUAACAUUGUAGCUCAUUUUGUUUUUUAGCAUUAAAAGAUUAGGUAGUCUGUGCAUUAUCAAAGGAUAGGAUUAAAUAUAAGAUAAAUUUUUUGUUUUAUAAAAAAUAAAAUGAGAUCGAACCUAUAGAAAUAGAACACUAAUUUGAUAAAAUUACUAAAAUGGCUACUUAUAAAAAUGAUUAAAUUUUAGUUUUAUUAAUUAAUAACAAUAAAAUCCUUUUGAUUUGGCUUAAGAGAAAUUAAGAUCAUUCAUACAAACUAGAUAUUGAAAAUAAAACAGAAAUCAAUGCUGAUAAUUUUACCAUAUCAAAUUGCAAAAUGUUUUUGGCGGCACACAACUGCAAUGAAGUGAAAAUCUAUGAUUAGAAAUUGAUUGAGGUUUAUAAAUUUUCAUCCGUAAAUGAUUGGUGGAGAUAAAUAUAAUAUAAGAGCAAACAAGUCAUAUUUGAAAAACCUUAACCAAUCAAUAUUUUUGAUUCAUAAGUUGAAAAUGCUCAAUAUUCUCCUGAUGGAUAAAACGUCGUUAUAUAAUUCAAAAGCAAAACAGAAUUUUAUAGCAUCAAAAAUGAUGCAGCCGUUUUAGAAAUGGAGAAGGUGAAUAAUUUGAUUUUCUCAAAAAAUUAUUUUGCUACAAGUUCUAAUUAAGGUAUUAAAAUAUAUAGCUUUCCAGAAUGUGAACUUCUCGAUUGGCUACCUUUCAAAGCAAAAUUAUUAAUAUUCUCUUAUAAAUAAGAAUAGAAAUUGGCAAUUAUAAGUGAUUGCAAUUUUAUUCUUGAUUUGAAAGAUUUAGAAUAAACCUCUCCAAAAAUAAUUAGGAAUUUCAAUUAAUAAAUUUAAGAUUCCCCACUUAUAAUUGCUGUUUCAACAAAUAAGACAUAUAAGACAAUGGCAUAAAAUGGAUUAAUUCAUUUUAUUGACGAUUAGUUUUAAAAUGAAAAAAAAUAAUAGUAUUAAGAUGAAACGAUUUUAUCAAUGGGCUUUUUUAAAGAUAAUAUUCAUUUAGCUGUUAGAAGCAAAAAGAACAAUUAACAUAUCUUUAGAAUGAUUAAUUUUAGCACUUAAAAAACCACUUUAGAAUGGAAAGAAGAUAAUUAAACUGAAGAUACAGAGUUUUCUAAUUAAUUCUAAUAUUUACUGAUUGAAUAAAGAAUAUAUGUAAUUUCUAAUCAAAAUAAUCGAUUAGUCUUUUAAGAUGUGACUCAAUGGUGUUUAGAUUAACGAUAAAAUGAGAAUAAUGAGAGAGACAAACCUCCAAUUAUAUUAGAACUAACUCAUUAAAAUAAUGAAAUAUUGUUGGAUAAGAGUUAAAAAUAAACAAUGAAUAUGGCUUAAUUAAAUUCAGAUAUGCCUGAUGAAUAAUUUUUCUGUUUUAACUUUUCAAUUUCUUAAGACCAAACUUAUAUUGCAGCAUGUUUUUCUUAAAAAAAAAAUUAAUUUAAAAAAAAUGGUUCUACUAUCAUUAUUUGGAAAUAUAUUGAUAAAUCACCACAUGACUAUAAAUUUGAAUUUGACUUUUCUCAUGAUGCGGGGGUAAAUUUAUAUUUCUUGGAAUACGAAAAUCUAUUACUUUUGAUUUUCAAGUUCAAUGAAUAAUAAUGUAUUCAACUCGUUUCUAUCCAAAAUAAAAAUAAAACUAGUCUUUGUCUCAAAACGUCUGACUAACCUAUCUAAUCUAUAGCAUUUUCUUCAUAGCAACAAUAAUUUUUUGCUAUCCAUUCAAAUAAGAGCUUUUCUCUUUAUGAAAUAAUAAACGAGUAAAUAGAAUUGAAAUAUUAUUUUAAAGAAACUGAGAUACCAAUUUAUUUUAGUUAAACUGGAACUCAUGUAAUUUACGCUUUUUAGUAAAGUAUUAUUAUAAGAAAUGUUGAUGGUAUUCUUGAAAGAAUCAAAAAUUUCUAUUUAAAUGGAAUAAAAUAGCAGAUUGAUUAAAAUGAGGGUAUUUGUUUUUCAGAUAAUAUCACUUAUUUGAAUCAUGAAAAUUAAAUGAUUUAUUAAUAUUCUCAAGAUCAAUGUCAAAAAAUCUCUUUGGGUCAUUCAUUUAUCUCUAUUAAUUGUUCAUAAUUUUCUUAGGAUGAGAACAUUUUAAUAAUUAUCUCUGCAAAAGAAAGAGAUAAAUAAUUCUUAAGAAUUCUUUUUAAGACUGAAAAUAACUAUAGUUAAUAACAAAAAGAAUCUGAUUUUGAUUAAGUUGUUUAUUCCUGUAAAUUUCUAACAAUUAGUUCGUUUAUACUUAUCUUAAAAGAUAUCCUGAUUUAUGAAAUUUCUGAUUUUGCAACCAGUGUCAAAUAAUUAAUAAGUUUGCCUAAUUUUUUUUACGAGCCAUAAUAAUCGAUAGAAACUAUAAAUGUUCAUCCAAACAGAAAGGAUUUUCUCGCAAUCACUAAAAGUGGUUAAAUAUAAAUUUAUAAGUUGACUCAGGAUAAAGAAUAUAAGUAUAAGUUAUAUAAAACACUCCCAAGAAAUUUAUAAGCUAAAGAUUGUGUUAUAUCUAAAUUAAAUGCUAGCGAUUCCAUCAUAGAACAAUUGAAAUAUUUAGGAGCAAUAUAUGAUGAGAAAGAUAAUUGUAAUUGA